AGUCACACAGAAGUGACAAAAUCAGGUUUCUCCCCCCCCCCACUCAUGCCACCUUACUAAGUCGACACACUUAAAGUUCGACCAUUUUCCACAAUCCUUUCCUUUCUCCUGCCCUCAAAAUCUCUCUCUACGUACAACCCUUCCCGAUGGCGGCGCUCCGACGAAAACGUUCUAAUGCAAUUCUCAAAGAACCCUCCAAGGACGCAGAGAAGCGAACGUCAGUUUCUGCCCUAGACCAGCGAAUUCAGCAGGAAGUGAUGAAACUGACGGGCGUUGGCUUCAGCUUGGAUCUAGCGACAGGCGUACCGAAUUCUAUCGACGUCAACUUCUCCGGGCCUAAAGGCACUCCAUACGAAGGAGGGGUAUGGAUAUAUCACCCUAAUAUUGACGAUCUCUCUGGCGACGCGACGGGGAUAAUUCGCGAAUUCUGGAGUCCAAUGCACGAUCUGUCCAUCAUUUUCCAGGACACAUUACCCGCAUUACUCAGGAGCCCAAAGGCCAACACCGCAGUGAACCACGAAGCCCUCGACCUUUAUCGAACAGAUGACUUUGAAUAUGCUUCCAUUGUCAAAGGAACACACCAUUGUCUCCACUCUUUAAUCCUUAGUCCUUAUCAAACACACAUACUUUCGUUGUACCAUACCUUUCCUGUCUCAUUUUCAGCCAUAUUCCGUCCGGGUCCCCCCACUCAACGUUUAAUCCUGUAGCAGUUAUUUUUCUUUUUUCUUUUUUUCUUACAACUCGGAUUGAAUACAUAAUUGGAUUUUGAAUUUGAAUUACAUACAGUACUUG